UUUUUUGAUGACUGUUACCUAAUUCAAAGCUGCUCUUUAGUCAUCUGAUAUACAGUAUAACUACAGUACUUUCUUGUAUUUGGUUAACUUCUAUUCCUGCCCCGAUGUUAACUUUUAUUAAGCUAACAUUUUGGGGGUAACUUGUGAAAGAGCUGAUAUUUUGAUAUAUUUUUGCUAUAUAUCCUUUAUGUUCUGUUUUAACAUGCAUAAGUGCACUUUCCUCAACACCAUCUUUGCCUCACUAUGGCAACCCCCAUGUCCUUCAUACACAUACACACACAAACACAGCGACUCAGCAUCUUAAUCAGGCUUAGGUCUAUCCUUAGCCGCCGCCUCCUCCUUCUGCUCCAUGUACCUGAUUAGCUUACACCAUUUUACCCAGAGGUCUGUGCUGCAACUUGGUCUAACCUCGGACUCUGUAGCAGCUUCUUUUCACCACUUAAAACCAUGACACCUAAAAAUGUGAAUGUUAAAUCACAGCAUGUCAUCAGUCCAGACCGGACAGUGGGAUCCUGGGCCUAGGUCUAAACAUGGCUCUGCCUUCCAAGAACCAAAACCAGCUCCCUCCACAUUACAACAGUACACCCAUGUGACUACGGCCACCCCGGCAAAGCGGAUCACCUUUUAUAAAAGUGGCGACAGCCAGUUUGGCGGCAUCAGGAUGGCUGUGCACAAACGCAGCUUCAAAUGCUUUGACGCCCUGCUGGACGAUCUCACACAAAAGGUGCCUCUUCCAUUUGGUGUACGAACCAUAACAACUCCCCGAGGCACCAAUAGCAUCACACACCUGGAGCAGCUCCAGGAUGGUGGUUGCUACCUGUGCUCUGAUCGUCGCCAGGCCAAACCAAUCAAAAUGGAACAGGCCAACAAACACCAAGCCAAAUGGUACCACCAGAGCCGAAGACCCCAUCGUCCUGAAACCUCAUCUAGGACACCACCUGGACAUUUGUCUCACAGGCAGCGACGGAUCCUGUUGGUGAAAAACAGUGAGCCAGGAAUAAGGAGAAGCAUUGUGCUGAGCAGGAGGUCGACCAGGAGUAUGAGGACCUUCCUGGAAGAAGCUUCUGAGGUGAUGCAGUUUAACAUCCGAAAACUUUAUACUGCAGAUGGACGCAAGAUUGACAGUGUCCAGAGUCUCAUGUCGUGCCCAGGUGCUCUCGUGUGUGUCGGCCGAGAACCGUUUAGUCCUAUGUUUGUAAACAUUUUAAAAAAGAGCUCAGAGGAAAAGCUGCCGGGUCUGGAAAGAAAGUCUCCAGGUCUUGGUCCCAGGACUCCUGGAAAUGGAGCUCGAUCUCCAGUUACCCAAGGUUUAAGAUCACCACCUCAUGGAGCUCAGUCCCGAACCAGUGAAUACAGUGAAGGACCUGAGAGCAAGAAAAACUUGAACUUUGGCCUGGAAACCAAAAAGAGCAUCAUCCAUCCACGCUCUGAUUCUUCAAAUCGCUCCACUCGCUUCUCCUUGUCUUCAGAGAAAUCUAACGGUGCUGGUCCCUAUUCCCAGUCCAGACCAGCUAUAAUGAAUGACGACAUUGAAAAGCGUGUGCUGGUGAAUAAAGAUGGCAGCCUCUCAGUGGAAAUGAAAGUCCGUUUUCGCCUUCGGAGUGAUGAGACCUUGCAGUGGUCCACACAGAUCAAAAAAUCCCCAUCUCUAACCAAUGACUGUUGCUCUUUGGAACAGGCUCAGUCACAUUUCCUUCAGAAGAAUCAGUCAGAAAGCUGUUCUGAAUCUGAAUCUAUGUCCUUUGACCCAGAAGGUACAGACUUUUCAAUCCCAGUGAAGCGAAUUUUAGAAGCAAACCACUGUCCUUGCUGUUACCAGCUAAGUCAGCAGUCAUAUGACUUGUGGGAAAACCCAGCACACAGUCUUAAAAAGCCUCUAGCUGCACCUUCCUCUGGCCACACACAGACCACAGUGAGACAAAGCAACUCCUCCAGCUCCUGUUCAUCAUGUAACUCCAGGAGAGUUGUUCACUGUCGAGCAGAGAUCUCCAACUGUGACGGAGUAUCAAGAUCAGAGUGCAGCCAGCUGAUCCAGGAGGAGAUGUGUGUGACAGAGAGGAAGGUGGAAGUGGACCAAGAUGGUGGAACCCAUGUGGAGGUGCACAGGGUGAGCCAAUGCCACAGCCGCAGCGAGGUGGUCACUGUAGAUGGUAACCCUCAACAACAUCAGAACAUUUCAGACGAGGGAGAGCUGAUGAUGGAGGAANNCAGAGGUGACGGAGGGCGUCCAAUAUCUCCCGUCAGCAGCUCCUCACAUAUCCUACAGUCACUGAAAGAGGACCAGGAUGAUGAGGAUGAUGAGCUACCACCCAGUACCUCACAGUGCUGUCGAAGCGAAGUACCACCACCUUCUUCAACCUCAAGGGGUCGCCUAAACAAUGAUCCAUCCAACAACAACUCAGAAAGAGGAAGCACAGCUAUAUCUGCUGCAUCUACUGCAUCUUGCUGCUGUAAGGCAGUUACACCAGAUCAGACUCCAAGCUCUAGGUCUAAUUUUAGCAGAGCCUCCUGCAUGUCCAACGAGGACAAAGUCUUAAACUCAGGGGAAGAGAAGGCAGCAGAGGAUGAAGUUGAAGAACAUACCAUGGUUGUUAAUGGCUUGUUUAGACAUUCAGGAGGGCCUCAGAAGUCCGAGUCCUCUAGUGUUUGUUCCAACUGUGGGGGUUGCAAAUGUGGUACUGGUUCAGGUUCACGGCAGUCCCAACAUUCCCAACAGGUCACUACCAGUCCACCUUCAACUGCCUGCAUGGAAGAUGAAAGUGGCUCAGCUGAUUCAGCAGUUUCAAUGCAAUCUAACAAGAGCAACCUCACAAAACGUGGGAGACUCUCUGCAUUAUCCAAUGUCCAGAAGGCCAGAACAGCUAGUGCCAUGUCAACAACAUCCAAGUCCGAGCUAACAGCAGCAGAAGGCGAAAAGGGUGAAGAUUUAGCAACAAGCAAGGUAUCCAAAAGCUCACAUAGAGAUCCCAGGAGCACAUCUGCCAAGUCAAGAACAUCUCACAGGUCCAACUGCAGCAGCGCAGCCGAUGCAGGGGAGAUAAGCACAAGAGAUGAAGCAGAUGGAGAAGACACAGCAGAGAGAGCCGCCAAUGUGAUUUCAGCAAAGACCAGCGCUUCGAACAAAUCUCAUACUUCUAACUUUCCAUCCAGUCCAAAUGCUGAUUAUACAGUAGGUGACAGAAACAAAAGAACUCCUAGUCAACUCUCUGAUAGUGCUGUCUCUGCUAAAUCAGCUGGAUCAAAUGUUACCGGAAAAUCUAAGACUUCUCAUAAAUCAGCAAACCCUGGAUCUCCUGGUCCUGAAGCAGAUCACAACACAGAAACUGGGGACGGGGAGGGAACAGAGAAGGGAAUCAGAUCAGUAAGUUCCUUGUCAGCCAAGUCCAAUUUGUCUGUCAAGUCACACAAAUCCUAUAAGUCCAUCAAGGCUUCAGAGCAGUCACUUUCUCCAAAGCCAGGGAGAGAAAGAGAAGAAAGAUCAAGAAGUCAGAUGUCUGCCAGGUCUGCUGUAACAGAAGAGACCCAAGAAAAAGAAAAUGGAAUAGUAGAAGAAACAAUUCAAACGUCAGUCUGUACUGAACCAGAAAACAGAGAAAGACCAGUCAGUGCUAGGUCAGCUGGCUCCAAAAUAUCUAACAGGAGUAGUGGAGAGGCUAAGGACCGGACUACCAGUGUCUCAUCUAUCAAAUCAACAAGAGAUGUUGUUGGAGGUGUGGAGAGAACAACCAGUGCCAUGUCAUCAAAAUCUACCAAGUCCCAGGGGUUAGCAUCUCCAGAGAGGGAGGAAAAUCAAACUACAAACCAACAGCAGGUUGUUAGUGCCGUGUGUGUCUGUGUUGAUGAUGAAGGAAGCGAGGCACCAAAACUGUCAUCACCGAACCAGAAAGAAAAACCUCAAACACCCUCACCAAAGAGGACACGUUCCCCCAGGAGCAGCUCACCCAGAGCUUCAGCUGCAUCCAGCAGUCCCCAGUGCUCUGCUGCACAACAGUUGCUGCCUGGAGAGACAAGGGGGGGCAGUGCUUUGUCAGUUCACUCCAAGGCCUCUGCCAAAUCAGGCAAGUCCAAAUGUCAGUGCGGAGCGACUUUGGAAACUACUAAGGAGAAGAAAGACAUGGAUGAAGAAGAUGACCAGGCGUCUGGAAAAGCUAGUAGUUUAUCCAGGUCAGUCUCUCUGGGAUUACCAGAAGACCAAGAUACCGCUGAGUCCGAGUCCUGUAUGUCCUUCCACACAGGUGCCAGGAGCAAAAACCAAAUAAAGAUGGAAAAUCUGGAUACUAAGAGCAUAAUGUCUGACAAUCCUGUUUCAGUAGGAAUCCCCACCAUUAAAACCUCAGGUCAGGGUGAAGAUGAAGAACCUGGGCUAACAAUAUCAAGAGCAGCCAGUGCAGCUUCAGCCAAAAGCAGCAGAUCUCAAAGAUCUCUGUGUCAGAGCAGCAACAUCAAAACAAAGUGUGUGAAGUCACCGUCACCUGUAGAGGCAAACAACCACAGAACCUCACCUUUAAAGUCAACAUCCAGUCCUGAAGUCCAAGACACAUCUGCAUCUGUGACGGAUUUAUCAAACACUGGUGAAGCAGCCGGUGGUCGGUCUAAGACUGCUGCUUCACACAGACCUGAAUCUGUAGGUCCAUCAGAGUCUAGAUCAAACGUCAAAGACACUUCAGAGUGUUUACAGUCUGAUAAACCUCACAAGGACAAAUCUGAGCAGGACAGUAUGAAAACAAGAAAUACUCAGAACAGAGAAAAAAUGAAAUGUUCUCUGCACAGCUCCAGACCGGUUAGCAAAUGUGAGACCAGCAGUGACACUGCUCUGUCUCAGACUUUAUCUGCUGCUGACCUGCUGAAGGAAACUCAGUAUGCUCGACCACACAGUCAACAAUCAGAGACCAAGACAGGAAGUGGGAGAAGUGCUAAAUCUAGGAGAGUGAAAACCCCAAAUAACCAGCAGGAGCUAUCACCUUCCUGUCUCCCCAAUGCCUCUCCUACUGAGGUUGUUAGUGAGUGGCUGCAGAGAAUUCCAGAUGACAGCAGCAUGCUAGGACUGGGUGAGGACCUGGAAGAAGAAGAAGAGCAGAAGGAGGUUGAAAAGAGUCCCCGAAAUGACGGGAAUAGUACUGAAGGCGACAUGGUGGACAAAGAGGACACUGGGGGGAAUGAUAAGGAGGAAGAAAACACGGGAGACGUUAAAGGUGAAGAAGCAAAAGAGGAACAAAGUUUUAAUCCGGUCCCACAGAAUGGAUUUGAGACCUCUUGUUCCAAAGCUCCUCCGAGGAACUGGCAAUCUUCUGCAUCUGUGAUGAAAGUGCUUCUGAAUUCCUCCAUGGGUCGCUGCCACAGCCUGCCAGAGGUGUCCCCGGUUUACGGUCGGAGACUGAGCACUUCAGCCAAAGGCCUGUUGGACUGUCUGGCCCAGCUUCAGCUCAUUCAGCCUGCAGUGGACCCUGGUCCUGACCAUGAGAAGAACCUUAACCAGCAGUAUGAAGACAUUAUAGCCAUCCUUCAGUCCCUGUGGCUCACUGAACCCAGCAAAAUAGAGCUGAACAAGGUAAAGGACAGUGGUCCAGCACAGGUGACACCACCAAGGUCUUCCUCUGGGGUGGACAUGAGCAGCGGAUCUGGGGGGUCAGGGAAAGACAACUUAAAUAAAGGCAGAGAUGAAACUCCUGUCAAAGAGGUAGAACCUUUAUAUGAAGAUGACGGAGCUGAGAACAUGUUGGAGGACACAGAAACAACCAGAGACAGAGCAGAGGGACAGUUGGAGAGUGAAGAACAAAGUACAAUCCCUUCAAGUCUGGACAGUCCAAAAGCCACUGAAAACUCAUCAUCGCCAGAUAAAAGCUCAGCCAAUGACAGCUCCAAGUCUCCUACCGACACCGAGCGGGAGACUGUGGACGACACUAGUUCAGGAACACCACCGACCCUGCUGCAAGGAUCCUUGUCCAGAAGACAAUCCCAAGACCCUGAUCCAGUUUGGGUCCUGAAUCUUCUGAAGAAGCUGGAAAAACAGUUUAUAAACCACUACGUCAACGCCAUGGCAGAAUUUAAAGUGCGCUGGGACCUGGACGACAACCUCAUACUCAACACCAUGAUCUCUGAGCUCAGGGAGGAGGUGAGUCGUCGGAUCCAGAGCAGCAUCAGUCAGGAGAUCAAAAAGAUUCAGGGUCGUGCAGGUAAAGGAGGGAGGACACCCAGGCCUCCUCCAAGAGGAAACCUCUCUAGAGAAUCCACCAUGACAGAAAAGAGACGGAAAAUGUUGAAGGUGAUGAAGAACCAGUCUGUGAAGACGGCAGAUUCUCUAAGUGACGGUGAAACCACAGGUGACUUCAGUGACCAGCGCAGUGAGGAUGAGUACUGUCCAUGUGACGCCUGUGUCCGCAAAAAAAUAGCCGCCCGGCCUUUGAAGACCAAUCCAGCAGCUGCUGAAGCACCUGUGAUGAUGGAAUUUGACCUUCUCAAGAUACUUCAGCUCAAGAAGAGUCCGAAGAGUCCUCCACCUGCAGCUCCGGCUACCGAAAAAGAAGGUGCCAAACCAUCCACAGAGGAGGUGAGGAGUUUAGAGGUAGUGAAGGAGGAAGAUGAAGAAGAGGAGGAAGUAUCCAAAGAGGACAUCAAAGCUAAGCUGAUUUUAGAGGAGGCUAUAUCAGAAAAGGAUGAGGAAGAGGAAGAGGAGGAGGAAGAUAAAGGUCAGACAGGAGAAGCUGGAAUGGAGGACAAAGAUGGAAGUGAUGAGGAGCAGGAGGAAGAGGCAGGUGAAACAGAGGAAGUGAUAGUAAAUGGAGAGGAGGAAGAAGAUGAAGAUGGAGAAGAGCAGAGUAAAAUUAAAGAUACAGAUGAAUUAGGAGAUGAUGAGGAUAAAGGUAAAGAAGAAGAGGACAUAGACAAGACAGGAAGUGGGGAGGAGGAAAGUGACAAGGAGACAGUGAAGGAAAUGACAGCAGACGUGUUAGAUGAUGCCAAUGACAGAGAGCUGAAGCAGGAAGAGGAAGAAGAGGAAGAGGAAGGAGAGGAAGAGACUAAAGAAAACGAUGAUGCUACAAUGCCAGUUGAGAAAAUAAAAAGUGGACCAGCAGAGGACCAGGAGGAGUUACCUGAAGAAGAGGAGGGAGGGGGAAGGGAGGAAGCAUCAUUGCAGGAGCAGGAGGCAACUGAGACAGACGAGGGUGAUGCUGUGAAUGUUGAAAAUGAUGAGGAGGAGGAGCAGAAAGAGGAGGAAGAGGAGGAUGUCGUGGGGGCGUUAAAGGCUGUUGUGGAUGAGAUGAAGGACAAGAAGAAGCAGGACCUUCUCCAUCAGUUCACCAGAACCUCAGUGGAGUCACAGCCCGGUUCUUUGGAGGACAUUCCGUGACAUCUAACACUGACCGGUGAAGGGGCCGAGGCAGCGGCCCACCUCCAGCCGCUGAGGGCGGGGAGAAGGACCAGCUGUUUGUUCCAACCUUGGUGCUCUCAGCAAUAUGGAACUUGAGCUCUUUCCUCUGUAGUUGAACAUGACGGCCACAGAAGGUGUGACUGUACAGAAAUCAUCUUUUUAGGCCAGUAGGAAAGGAUGUCUGACUGAUAUGAUGAGUCCACGGCUCACAUUAUGAUCCAGAUUGAAAAAACAGUCCACCUGUAUGACGUUGACCUGGCUUUCGAAAAAGGAGGCAAGAAGUUGACAUUGGACCACCAGAGGGCAACAUUACAUCUCUUUUGAAUCUUUUGAAUGGGCGUCAACGUCAAAUAAGUCCAGAUUUAUUUAAUUUCUUUCUGUUGAUGUUUUUUUGGUCUGGUAUUCAGGUCAUUUUCAACAGAAGUGUAUUUCAGGUAAAAAUACUGUUAGAAUUAAGAGAAAAUAAAUGAUAAAUAAAUGACAAAUCUUGUUGGUUUUAACACAGGGAGGAUUCCGUCCAAACGACUGUGGAUUUAAAAACUGUAACUAAACAAAGACCUGGAAAUGUUCAAAGCACUUUACAAUCUUCAGAUCUGGUGUAGUGAUUGACAGGUCCAAUCAUGACACUGGAAUCUACUGCUGUGUCCUUUAUAAUGAUGCACAUGUGUACAUGUACAAGUCGGUAGAUCUGCAACAUGACUCUACUGUAAAAAUGAUAAACUUCUGUUCGUUUAGUCCUCAAUAAACCAUUUACCUCAGAGACGCUUUUUUUUCAACUGCACCUCUGCCCAAAGACAAUCUCAGUGACUUUGGCUCACUGGGACACAGGAGCUGCCUUUAUCAUAAUGUGUCGGUUUAUGUUGUUCGUUCUCCAAUGGCGGAGUAGUUCCUAUAAUCACCAGCAGGGGGAGACAGCAUACAAUGAAACUAGUUACAUAAAUGCCUCCGGGGAGCUUCUCCGUGAAAGUGAUAUGCAGUGUGAUGUGUGAAGUGAAGUCACCCACACGCACACACAUACACUAAUGUAUAAAACAUGUUCACGUGUGCCUCCAGUGGCUGUUUGUGAGGCAUGUCAACACAAAGAAGCACUUAGGAAGCUGCAACACCAGCGGAGGACAACAGUGCUUAGUGUGAGAAUACCGUGUGUGUGUGUGUGUGUGUGUGUGUGUGUGUGUGUCUAGUACAGUGGCAGUAAUGGUGGCAGCACAGGAACAGCCUCCAGGUUGAUCCACACAGUUCUACUGGGCCACACCCUGGGACGGUGCAGCCCGUCACAGUGGGAUGUAGAUGCUGGCAGCCAUGGUGUACUUAGAACGGCACAAUCAAAUGUAAAGACACGUCCAUGUCAUUGGGACUGGUCCACGAGCCAAGGGGGUCAUGGGGGACACCCCCGAAGUUGGCAGACAUUAUCAGAGCAAAGAUGCUGUGGGAAUUCCAACUCCAUGUGAUAGAUGUGACUUCCCAAAUAUCAUUUAUGUCAAGGCUGAUGUGUCACUUCUCAGGUUCUUGAUGCUUUAAA